UUUAAAAGAGGUGGAUCAAAGGACUUAAAUAGGAGAUGCUGACCCUUUCUCUCUCUUCAUUUUCUCCGUACAGCACUCUCAUCAAAGUAGAGUCCUUUUUCACAAUCGUGCUCCAGUAACGACCCUUUAGCUUACUCAGCUAUAAUCCAUUGAGAAUGUCGAUUGACGACGGCACAAAGACGAUGAUGAAUGAGAGACAUGGGUCUGGGACGGUGUGUUUGACACCUACGAAUCUUCAGUGGAUCUCCACCAUUUCUACUGCGUUUCUAAUGUUGGCGAGGGGAACAGCCAUUCACAAAUCCUUUCUUGUACCUUUAUUUGCCCUACAGGCUCCAGAAAGCAUUGUUUCAUGGAUUAAGGGUGAGUAUGGCAUAUGGACUGCUUUCUUGGCACUUCUCGUUUGCCUCUUCUUCUUUAUUCCUGGUGUACUGGAGUUGCCAUUAAUAACAUUGCUAUUGAUAAUUGCGUGUCCUUCUCAAGUUACAGGGCUGAGGGGGACAGAGGAAGGUAUUACUCUUUCGCUGGUAAUAGCAGUUUAUUUGGCUUUCCAGUAUUUUGCAAGAGCCGGCAGUUUGGGGAAAGCAAUUGAUCAAGGUUCGAUUCUAGCCACCUUAGCUGUGAUCUGUAUAGUUGCUGUCCCGUGCUUGCUGUUCAUCAGUUUUCUGUAAAUUAUCGACCUCCAAUAAUAAGAUACGAGAAUUUGUGCGUGUUUUAGGCUAAUGGAUGUGAAGCAUUUUGCUUAAGACCAUUUGCUUGAA